GCGCAUGCGCAUUGCAAGCAAAACCUAUGCUAAAUUCGCGGUACGAAUUUGAAUUUGGAUUUGGAGUAAAAACUUAUUAAUAGUCGAUUUCAAUUCUAUUGUAACGUAAGUUAGAAUAAAGAAAAGAUGGCAGCCUACAGCUUCCCUCUGCUGUCGUCAGCUGAUUUAGCUUCAGUUCUUCAUGAGGUCCUUGGAGAGACAUUUUCAGAAGAGGAUUUCAAGAACCCUCAGAGCACCAAGAUCCAGAAGCUGUAUGCCACAUUCCUGCAGAGACUGAUCAAUACUCCUAUGGAUAAGAUUAACCAGCCCCAGUGGGAGGCUUCCCAGUCGGUCUUACAUCCUGAACUCUACACAGACACCUUCCCACUCAUGAACCUCACACUGGCCAUGCAAAGGUUCAUGGUCGGAAGCAUGGUGAAGGAUUUCAAGAUGAAGGAUGUUUUACACCCAAAACCCAAGCGUACCCGUCGCUUUCUCAGUGCCAUCGUGAACUUCUGGCGGUUCAGUGUUGAAAGGGAAGAUGUCUAUUACAAUAUUUGUCAAGAGAUUCAAGGAUCAUUAGCCGAGAGGAGUGCAUGCCAAGAGAGGAUCUCACAGAUAAAAGAAAAAAUCAAUCUUAUUCGAAUGAACAGAGCUGAAGAGGAGGAGCAUGCAAAACAGUUGCAAGACAAAAUUGAUGACUUGGACAGUAAGAUGAUGGCACAGCAGCAGGAUCAAGCAGGACUACAGAGAGAUAUCUCAAGGCUAAGGGCUACUGUGGCUGAGAAAGCAGCCUUAGCGGACAAGCGUAAGCUGUCUAGCCUGAACAAGAAGGAUACUGUGAGCAAGAUGCAAGCUCAGGUCGUCCAGUCCCCGGAGCGGAUGAAAGCUGACAUAUCACGUAUGCAUUCCACCUUAGCCUCGCGUAAGGAGACCAAGAAGGAGAAGGGACACAGAGUGCAGGAGCUACGGGGUCAGAAUGAGAAUUGCCAGCUGCUACUCCAGUCCAGUGAUCAAGGGGAUGCUAUGAUUACAGCUAUCAAUACAGAGCUAGAAAAACAGAGGGAAGGUCAGGCUACAUUAGAAGGUGUGAGAGAUCAGAUUCAGGUGGAGAAGGAUCAACUGAGAGACUUUACAGCACAGGAAGGCCAUCUCAACAGACAGAGGGAAUCUAAGCAAGAGAAACUAGUCAAGCUACAGCUACAGCACCAACACACCAUCACAGCAUUGCAGGAGAAUGUACAGAGGGAACAAAGGGAGAUGGAAGACUGCUUUAAGAAACAAGAGAAAAAGCUUGGUCACAUUCAGGUCCUCAAUGAACAGAAAAACACCAUGAAGAAAAAGAUGAAUGAUGAGGAGAAUAGCCACGAAGAACAGAUGAGGACAAAGAAGGAUAACUAUGAACACCUCCUAGUAGCUUUGGACUCAUAUCACAAAGAUCUCUCCGUUAGCUGGGAGCAAGCCGAUCCAAGAUAAAGCUGGAAGCCAAUGGAUUGAUCAAAGCCUUCUAAUCUUAUUGUAUAAAAUAAAAUGUGGUGUCUAUUGUAGCCUAAUCAUGAUAGAAUUGUAUAGAAAUUACACAAGGUUGUGUAGACCCAUGCAGACUCACGUAAAGUUUGACACCAAAUUGAUUAAUUUUAUAUUAUUAUACACAUAGAUGUUUUUCAUUCCAUGUAUAUAUUGUAAAUAGGUCAUUUAAAAAUAUGUUUUUAUACAGGAAUGCCACUUUUCAGACUAAAGUCUGAAUCCAGACAUUUCAUCAUAUUUUCGGCCAUAGAAAAUGCCUUUUUUAUGCAGGAAAGGGGUCAUUCUAGAUGAAUUUUCAGACUAUAUUUAUCAAACCUUAUAGUGGCAUCAUUUUAUCUAAUCCAAACAACAUGAAUGAUGCAAAUUCAAAAUUAUGAUUGAGCUCACGUAUAUAAUUGGCAUUUUAGACAAAAUUAAAGUCAAUAGGGCAUCAGCUUUUAUGGGGAAAUUGACACCAUUUGGAUAUGGAUCAUAUAUGGUCGAUCAAGAUUUAUGAUUAAGAGAAUUAUGUAUUUAAUGCCACUGGAAAAUGGCUUACGGAAUUAGACAUUAUCCCACUUUCCCUGGCUUGACGCUGUUGCCCGAGACUAAUGAGGCUUGUUAUUACAAAGAUGCCUCGCUGGUGCACCGAGUUUGCUUUCCCCCAAAAGAUGUCUCUGUUUAAAAAUACAGGUAUUUCCAAUGCUUUAUUCAAAGUCAGGGAGAGCAAAUAGUAUUAAUCCACUCCCCAUGAAAGGUGAUGUCCCACUGACUAUUAAAAGCUGGUUGAUGAUGAGGUUUGCCAUACACAGUCUUAGAGCACCCGUCGGGCAUACCAUGUGGGUGGCCCAGUUCAGCGACUUGCAAUACAUGGAACCAGUGCCUACCGGAAGAAUUCAUAGUGGUAUGGUUGACCCUUGUCACAAUGUUUUGGAUAUCUUGAUGAAUAACUGACAACUUGACUUAUACUUCAUUCACGGCGAUGUAAUCAACCUUAAAUUUUUACAAAGGUUAAGUUAAUGAUCUAUUUCAUGCUCAUCUAGGGUCAAUGAACUUUUACCAUGUUAUGGUAUCAACAUGAAAAAGGUAAGCUAAGGUUAAGACUUGAAUUUUCAAGAUGAUUUUGAAAGUAUGAGUCCCUUUUCCCUGAAACUUACAUAUAAUGGUUAUCAAGUAAUGGCAGUAGAAAAAUGCUAUUGCUACUGCUAUAUUGGUACAGAUAUUGCAGGCGAUACUGCCAGAGGCGAUGAAUUUGUCUGUUUAAUACAGGAGAUUUCAGUCAUGAAAAUCAAAUUUGAAUGAACCAAUUGUCAUUUCAAAAUUUGUCAAUUUAUCCAAAACAUUUCAAGUUUCAAAUAUGUGACAUAAUAUGAACCCAUUUUUGUCAUGUAUUUUAUGAUGACUUUUUUGUAGCUCAAAGGAGCAGGUCCAAGCUAUCAUCUCUUUGCUGACAGUUCAAAGUAUCGAAUUUGUCUGUUGUUUCUGUAAGACACUUAGUCUUAACAAAGUUGGAAAUAAGUUAUGUGAGGCUUUAAUAGGCUUGAUAAGAGUUAUAAGAUGGUUUGGUAAUUAGGCCUAGUAGUUAUUUGUGGUGUUAACUUACUUUACCUUGAUGAAGUUUGUAUAAUUUGUGUUUAUUUAGUUCCGAAUACUCUGCAAAAGUGGAUCCAAAGGUUUUCCAGAGUUUUUCCCUCUUGUGUUUUAUCUCUGGUUUUUUACCCUGGAUCUACUUGUCGCAGAAUUGUGAGAGGGGAAGUUCACCCUGACAAUAAGUUGGUUUAAAUGAAAGCAGAAAAAUAUACAGAACAUAAUUGGUGAAGAUUUGAUGGAACUCCAUAAAAAAAAAUAAUGGAGUUGUGAAUUUUCAAAGUUUUUAUUUUCUGACGUCACAGACAAGCAUCUCAUCCAUAUGUUGUGCGACAUAUGUUCCAAAAGUUGCCAUUUUGAAAAAUGCGUGGAUAUAUCAGCGCCAGCGCACAUAACUUUUCAUACAUCCUUCCAUAUGAAAGAUAUUUUUAUAUUAUUUUGCUUUAAUUAAAUCAACUCCUUAUCAGGAUGAACCUCCCUUUUAACACGGAACAUCCCCCCCUCCCCUCCCCCAAAUUUAUAAUAAAAUUAAAUAAAUUCAUAUAUUUCCAUGAAUAUCUUUAAUCUCUCCUAUACAAUUCCGUCAUUCAUACACCAAGAAAGUUUAGGAUAUAAACAUUUUCAAUUUCAAUAUUACCUAUUUUCAUAGCUACAUUACAGAUACAGGGUAUUCUAAAUGCAUAGAAUAUCAUAUAUUUGAUGAUAUUAAUCUUUUACCAUUUGUUUAGGCCUAUCAGCAACAAAGUUCAUUGUUAGCUUUCACCAAAGUCCCAAAUAUACUUAAUUGCAGGACACUGCAUGUUUUGGGCAGAAUAUGGGAUUAAUUAAAAGUAGAAGUAAACUCAAAGAGCUAAUUUUCAAACCAGCCAUAUGCAACACUCCCGAUGCAUUCUUUCCUAAGCUUGUGAAAGUAGUCCAUAUAUACUGUUGUCAGGUUAACCAAAAGCUUUGCUUACAUUUAGGUAAGCAAUAUUAGCAAUAGGAUUUUCUUGCCUAUUUGUAUUUCUAUUUUUCUAAGGAAUUUAUUACGAACACUUCAUCAUUUUAAGCGUACAUGUAUAAUUUCAUGCUGUACAACCAAACAUAUGUGCAAGUUUUAGUUGACUACACAAAUCUUAUUGAAUUUCUACACAAAGCAAACUUUUGAGCAGAUUUAUUCGCAAUUUUUGGCAAAAUUUUCAGGUAAAAACUGUGAAUAACUUUAAUUUGGCAUUGUUCAUUUGUUCUCAAGAUGUGUAAGACAACAACCGAACAUACCAGCAUUUUGUUAAAAAUGUGCUAAUUGAAAAAAAAAACAAAUUGGUUGAACCCUCCGAAAUGAAAAGAAUAUGAAACUAAUCUAUUUUAGUCAUCUAGAGUGAAAAAUAAUGAUACAUUAGUGAAUUUUGACUAGUUACACAGGUUAAGAUUUGAUAAUUGAAAUCUAUUAUUGAAAAGUGUUUCUGUAUUACCAGAUCAUGUUACAUCCAUGAAAAGUUACUGAAACUUGCAUAACAAUUCCGGGUAAAGGGUGUUUCACAAAUAGUUAAGUCUGACUAUAAGUCAUGCUUAUGUAUAACAUGCACAUGUGUACCGGUAUUUAAUGCACAUUCUAAUUGAUUAAUAUGCAGAACACGUCCUGUGAGCUUGGUCCAACCGAUACAUGUGUAUGGUGAUACGUUACUUUAUCAAGGAUGCCAGUUUUCAGGCAAUAGCCUCAAAUCCAGGCCCUGGCCAUUUAUUUUCAGGCCAUAGUUUUAGCAUUUUUGUGUACAAAAUAUUGUAUUCUAGGUGAUUUUCAGACCCUCUGAUCAAUUCCAACUGGCAUCCCUACUUUAUACACUUAAUUUGGAAUUUAAGAGCAAUUUUCAGUCACUCUUAAAUCUCUGUGAAACACCCCUUUGAUUUGUAUUUUAUGUCAUAUGUAAUGCCAGAUAGCUUGGACCUGCCCUAUUGAGUUUGAUUUGUCUGUACUAUAUACCUACUUUGUAUUAAUUUUUUUUUAAUCUCUUG